CUAUCAUUAAGCCCUGCCCCCUCCUUCCGUUAGUCGCGCCCUGCGUGUGUGACGUCAUGCGCGCGCGCCGGCGCAUGCGCGGGGCCGCCGGGGAGCGGGCGGCGCGCGGGGCCUGCGGGCGGUGGGCGCCGCCGCCAUGUUCCGGUACCAGUCCCUGGAGGACUGCCCGCUGGAUGAGGAUGAAGACGCCUUCCAAGCGUUGGGGGAGGAAGACGAAGACAUCGAUCAGUUCAAUGAUGACACGUUUGGAGCUGGGGCUGUCGACGAUGACUGGCAGGAGGCGCAUGAGCGGUUGGCAGAACUGGAGGAGAAACCGGUGGCCAACAGGGAACGGGAUGGAGGCGGCGGUGAGGACACAGACCUGCUGGGUGACCCCGAGGACGCGCUGGCAGAGCGGCUCACCCGGCUGGUGAUUGACAGCGAGCUGGAGGACCCCGCCAUCAUGCAGGCUGUGCAGACGAGGGGCCCUGCGCAGCAGCCUGGGGGGCUGAAUUCCAGCAUCUGGGAUAGCUCGGCCGUCCUGCAGCGCAUCCGGGGGCCGCUGCUCACUCAGGAGAUGCCAUCGGUGUCCGUGCUGGACUACGCUCUGCCUCAGAGACCCGCACAGCCUCGAGAGGAAGAGCGGGACCCCUCGGAGCGAGCGCUGCCCCGGCGUUCCUCGUCCCCUGUCAUCGGGAGCCCUCCUGUCCGGGCUGUUCCCAUCGGCACCCCUCCCAAGCAGGCCACCAUGCCCAACUUCAACCAGCAGAUCCUGUGUCCGAAGCCUGUCCACAUCCGAGCUCCCAUGCAACAGCGCUACCCUCCUUCCUACGGCGAGAGGAUGUCCCCCAACCAGCUCUGCAACGUACCGAAUUCCUCCCUCCUGGGCCACCCGUUCCCUCACAGCGUCUCUCCUGUCCUCACCCACCUGCAGAGAGCGCAGCUGCUUGGAGGAGCCCAGGCCGGCCGAAUGUCCCCCAGCCAGUUUGCCCGGGUCUCUGGCCUGGUCGGAAGCCCCCUCCCCUCUGUCAAUCCUAAGCUGCUCCAGGGUAGAGUUGGGCAGAUGAUGUCUCCAGCCGGUGGGUUUCGUGCCUUCUUUGGGGCUCCUCCCGCUCCUCCUCCCUCACAGCCGCAGCACCCGCCAGGCCCUGGAUCCCACCUGCAGAGCCUCCGGCCGCAGCCCCAGAUGUUCCGACCGGACACCACCCACCUGCACCCCCAGCACCGCCGGCUCCUGCAUCAGCGGCAGCAGCAGAACCGAAACCAGCACCGGAGCCUCAACGGCUCUGUGGGGGACCGAGGGGGUCACCGGAGCAGCCACCAGGAGCAGAUGCGCAAAGAUCCCUAUGCCAACCUCAUGCUGCAGCGGGAGAAGGAUUGGGUGUCCAAGAUCCAGAUGAUGCAGCUGCAGAGCACUGAUCCCUACCUGGAUGACUAUUACUACCAGAAUUACUUCCAGAAGCUGGAGAAGUUGUCAGCAGCAGAGGAAGUCCAGGGUGAGGGUCCCAAGAAGGAACGCACUAAACUCAUCACACCUCAGGUGGCCAAGCUGGAGCACGCCUACAAGCCAGUGCAGUUUGAGGGCUCACUCGGGAAGCUGACGGUGUCCAGUGUGAACAACCCCCGGAAGAUGAUUGACGCAGUGGUGACCUCCCGCAGCGAGGAUGAUGAGACGAAGGAGAAGCAGGUUCGGGACAAGAGGCGCCAGACCCUCGUCACAAUCGAGAAGACGUACAGCCUCCUCCUGGACGUGGAGGACUACGAGAGACGCUACCUCCUGAGCCUGGAAGGCGAGCGGCCGGCCCUGAUGGGCGAGAGGAAGCAGAAGAUCUGCGAUAUGUAUGACAAUCUUAGGGGGAAGGCACCCGGGCAGGAGAGGCUGAGUGAUGACCACUUCAUGCAGAUCAUGUGCAUCCGGAAAGGGAAACGCCUAGUGGCCCGGAUCCUCCCCUUCUUGUCACCCGAGCAAGCGGCCGACGUGCUCAUGGCAACGGCCAGGAACCUGCCCUUCCUCAUCAAGAAGGAUGCUCAGGAUGAGGUGCUGCCCUGCCUGUUGAGGCCCUUCUCACACGUUCUCUACCACCUUCCCUUGGGAACGGUCACCAGCCUUGUGCAGCAGCUAACGAACCUACCUCAGAGCGCGACGGCGCCCACCAACCCACACCUCACUGCUGUGCUCCAAAACAAGUUUGGCCUCUCCCUGCUGUACUUGGUGUUGAGCCGCGGGGAGGAAUUGCAGAGCUCGGAUGCGACCACGGAGCUAAUGCAGGACAACCAGUGGACGGAGCUGAUGCUUAUGGCGACCCGGGAGCUCCUGCGGAUCCCUCAGGCGGCCUUGGCGAAGCCAGUGUCCACCCCUUCCAACCUGAUCUCCCUCUUCUCUCGCUACGUUGACCAGCAGAAGCUGAACCUGUUGGAGACGAAAUUGCACUUGGUGCACGGGAUCCGGUAGGACACGUCCACGUUCCAGAGGAUGGAUUGGGAGGGCACGCGGCCCACCUGCUAUCGAUCCCUGUGGGACGGUGUAUCCCCGCUGUCCCCUGGUGCAGGAUCCGGGCUGGGGGGUGGGGCGGAAAGGGAGCAAUUUGGCUGCUUCUCCCCCAAAGUUCUGCACCCCCCCCCAACAACAACAACAACAGCUGCUGCAUCUCCCCACCACCACACGCACACUACGGAGGAACGGAGCUUGGGCAGGGCUGAGAGAGCCCUCCCCUCGCUCCGUGGGGUGCCCCCUCCUCCUUCCCCGCCCCCCCCCAGCCCCACAUCGCUGUGUGAACGCCCACACACACCUCAUUUUUGCACACUUGCCUUGUCUUCCCGAGCCUCCCUGCCCUCCUUCCUGCACCGGGAUCUCUCCCGGCAGCUCCAGGCUGAGGGCGGGGAUGGCUCAGCCGUGCCCUCCCUCUGGAAUUGGGGAAGGGGGGGGGGGGCAGGGAGGGAGGAGGGGAUGUUGGAUUUUUAUUCUUUUUGCUUUUAAACAAGAAACCAGAAAGAUUUGCACAUGUAAGGAUUUUACAACCUGUGACUCCUCCCUGGCAUUAACCAGCCCUUCCCCGCCUGCUCCCGGCCCCCCCCUCGCUCUCCUC